GUCGGCGGCGCCAAGUAUUGCCGCGGCUUUGGACAGCAGGUUUGCCUGUUCGGUGAAGGAGGGCGCCGAGCACGGCCGCAUGGGCCAGCUCAGUGCCUGUUCUGCGACGUAAACAAGCUCAACGAUGCACUGCUGGAUGCGCAGGGCAGCGUCACCGUGAAGAAGCGGUUCGCCUGCUUGACGGACGACGCCAAGCUCGUGGCACUGGAUCGAGUGCAGGACGCAGGGUUCAGACGGUGGCUGCAAGGGUCUUGCAAGCGAAAGAUCGAGGAAGCAGAGCCAACGACGCCCAGAGCAAAAAAUGUCGCUGCCAAGCCGCACGGUUUGGCGCAGGCUGCAGCCCCCUAUGCUCCGGAGCUUUUGGAGGAAAUCUACGAGCAGGGUAAAAACAUGUGGGCGACGGCCUUGCAAGAAAGGCGAUUGGUCUCGGCGCCAGAGAGGCCCAGUGACAGCUACCGUGAGCGCAUGGUGGAAGAUCGCAAGAAAGCUUUGAACACCAUGCAGGUGACGGCCGAGCGCUUGACCAAGGGCUCUGCAGUCAGCAAUGAAAAUCCCUUGCCAAAGGCAAGGAGUAGCACCAAUGCAGCUGCUUUGCAAAUUUGGGCGCACUUCAACUCUUGGCAAGUGUGCAACGAAUGUCGAACCAUUCAACCCAGAGAGUUGACUCCACAAGGGAUGGAAAAGCUGCUGAGCCCAUGGUGCUCGAAGACUGCGUGCUUUCUGUGUCGCAACAAAAGCAAACCCCCGCGUGUCUUGAUGCCUCCUGAACCUUUGAAAGGGUUGCCAGACGAAGUGGUGUUGGCCUUGCGGCCCGUGUUGCCCAACUUUGGUACGGAAGAGACUUCGAUGGACAGAUUCGGCCGUGGCAACGGGUACCGAGUGCACACUGCCAUGCUGACCUUCUCGUGGCACAGCCUGUCGGUCGAAGACCGCAUUCGAAGCCUGCCCAGAGAACGAGCUUCUCUCGCAAGCAAAGCUUUUGAUUGGCUCUUGGAGAACACUGGUCCUGCGACAACUCAGACCGCCUAUGGGGAAUUCUGGUCCGCGCGCCAGCAAUUUUUACUUGCGCACCCCGCGGCCGACGUCCGCCAGCGAAAGCGCUGGCUGAGGUUCAUCGAAGCUGAAGGCCUGGAGUGCUGCCUGUGGCCGCAGUUGUUUCAUCGCAGAGACCAAUGCUUGACGUGGGCCAGGCAGCAAUCCACCAGCAGGCAAAGCCGCGGCAGUCUGCAGACCACAUUGGAGCAGCGAGCCCACGCGGUAGUCGGCGACCAGGACAUGCCGGAGGACGUGACGGGCACAAAGCGGUCUUACAUGGCCCUCGUCCUGUCGUCGCUCUUGGAUUACGCCAUGUCCUACGAGCUCUUGCAUUUCUGCUUUGACCUCAAUUUAUGGUCAAGUGUGGGAUCCAAGAAAAACUUGCACCUGGGCGUCCCUCUGCGCAUGCUGCUACAGGGCGAGAGUUUUACGUCGGAGUAUUGGCGGGGCCUGCACAGAACGCUCGUGGACCUUGUCCGCCAAAAGGGAUUCCCUCCGAUCUUUGCGACGCACAGUCCAUACGAAUGGUGCACACCCAACCACGUCUUCAUCGAAGACGCCAUGCGCAAAGCGCGUCGAGGCCGCUUGGAAUUCCCGAUUGGGGAAGCUUUGCAUCAGGUGCACCUGCUGACGCAGCUGGGCAUGAACUUCCUGACGGGCAAGAACUGCGCCAAAGAGCGGGCAAAGGCUGGACAUCGACACCAACUGCUCCAGACGACCCGAGAGGACGGGACCCAGGUGCCACUGAUGUCGUUCUUCCGCCUGGAAUUCCAAGAUGGAAAACGGCGCCUGGCAAGCCAGAGCUACCAUGGUUCAGGCAGAGCCCACGCUCACCAGCUAUGGUUCGUGAGCCGUCUACGGCGUGGCGAAGACAUGCAGGCCUUGCAGCUGCAAGACACAGUCAGCGCCACGUUGGAGCAGGAGGACGACCACUUGCGAGGCUACGCCCUGGCCACGCAGACGGACCGCAAAGCACAGACGCCCUGGCGGGUCCAUGACGGAGCAAGCCGGUUCAACCCGGAGUCCCAGGAGUAUGAGUUGCACCACACAGCCGAAGACCACGCCAGGGGCGUGCGUGCAUUUUUCGUGCCUUUGUUGGAGGCAACCAAAUACCACCAAGACGUACAGCUGGAUUUUGUGGGGCAAAAGAACUAUGUUGCCUACAGCGCAAAAUACACCACAAAGUUCUCAGACUCACUGUAUGAGGAGCUGUUGAACGACGAUGCAGACGCCAACAGCAUCGCAGCCUCCAUUCUUUCCCGCUACCAUCCAUGUGUUCCUGAGAUGCUCUUGCAACUUUUUGGAACCAUGUUUCAACAGUGGAAAGUGACCACAUGGAGCCAUGGCCGCAAGGCGUUUCGACCUCCGGUGCCUGACGAUCCCAGCUUGCCCCCAGAAGUGGAUCUCUACACAGCAUCGGCUUGGCGCAGGGACGACAUGUGUCUGCUGGAGUUUUUGCGCAAGACGAACGACCAGGGCGGAGUCUCUGGUUGGGUGGUGGAAGCGUGGAAAACCGCGAAAUCGCCACUGUCCCUUGAAGCUUUUGCCAACGCAUGCCCGAUGGAAGGGGAAAAACUGGUCGCCUGCAACAUGGGGUCCCGCCUGCGAGAUCGCUUCUACGGGCAAUGGUUGGUGCUGAACGUGCCGUUUCGGAACCUGCAGGAGUUCGAAGUGGAGAACUUGCUGGAGCGGGUGCCUGUCACGGACAAGUACCUGGCCAUGCGCCUCGCCUGCGAGCAUCCCGUCGCACAGAGCCUUUGGACGGACUUUGCCGCCGUAGACGAGGACAUGAAGAUGGAAGGCCACGGGCUGCUACAUAGACACAUGGUCUUGGGCUACGUGAAGACACAGGGCCACCUCGUUCGGCAAUAUUUGGCCGGCACGCUGGACCCGCCAGCAGCACCAGCUGAGCGCACGGAGGUCGUGCAGCCUCGUAGCUUCCAUUUCCCCAUUCAGAAACAGUAUGCCAAACAAAUUGCCAGCGGCGCCAAAACCGUGGAGGGACGUUUGCACAAAGGUCAGGCUGCAGAGGUGCAAGUUGCCGACGUUCUCGUUUUUGGUGACCUUCGCAUGCAAGUGGCGCAUAGACAGCUUUUCGACAGCUUCGAGGAUAUGCUCGGGGCCGUGGGCUAUGAGAACGCGAUGCCAGAGGCAGAGUCUUUCGAGGAGGCCUUGGAAACCUACUGGCGUUUUCCGGGCUACCGCCGGGGUGAAGCUGAGCAUGGCGUGGUGGCAUUUUGGCUGGAAGCGGCUGCGCCGAACUUGGCGGAGCACUCCAAGCAAUGGAACGAGCAACAGAUUCGCUGGAAAACGCUCAUGCUAGAAGACCUGCGCAGGGCCACCACGGCCCUAGCGGCCGCAACUGAAGGAGACUUGGAUGCUGCCCGUGAAGAGUGCUGGCACGCCAAUAAAAUUCGUGUCUUGGAAGGUCCGCCUGGAACCGGCAAAACCACUGUCGCCAAGGCCUUGGUGCGAGAAGCCGUACAACAAGGCACCAAAGUGCUCUGGACCGUCUUCACGGCACAGUUGGCCGCCCGCAUGCGAGCAGAGCUCCCCAGCGACGUCGACGUGAACACGUGUCACGGCGCCCUGGGGUUGGACCUCGACGUGUUAGACUGCAAGUGGAACCUAGCCCCCUACGGGCUCGUGAUCAUCGACGAGUUCAACCAGCUUCGCAAAGAAGACCUGGCUCACAUCGACAUGUUGCGGGAGGCGGUGGACAACGGCAUCGCGAUAGGUUUUAUUGGGAGACCGCUGCCAAAUGGCUGGCUUCGGAGCCGAGCGCAUAUGGCAUUCGCAUCUUUGGCGGAAAGCAGUGCACUUGACUGAACUGCAUCAGCUCUACAGGUGCAAGGACCCCGAGUUCGCGAAGGUAUUGAAAGUGCUGAGAACAUCAAAGCCUACGGCCACAGGCAGUGCUGGCACACUGACCGUGCCGGCCAUCAUGCGGCAGCGGCGAGCCUGGAGGGGCCACACUCCGCAGUGCAGGGACGUUGACCGCUUGCUGAGGAAGUACCCAGAGACCACCAUGAUGGCCAUUUCUCGACAAGGUGUGCACACCCUCAAUCUCUUGGCCGUCGAAGCCUUAUUCGGCCACGCGGGAGAGCCUUUGGUGACUUUAGAUGGAGACAUGGAGAGCAACUCAGAGAACUACCUGGAGGACGGAAGCAUGAAGGCACCGCAGGAUUGCCAGCCGCUGCGCAUUCCUUGUUUCGAAGGUAUGAAGCUGUUUUUGACCAAAAAUGUUGAUAAAGACAGAGACUACGUGAAUGGCAUGCGUGCCACGGUCGAAUCCUUUCAUCGAGCAAGCAAGGCCCUGUAUGUCAUUACGGAUUCGCAACACCGAUUGGCCAUUCGGCCAUGGACAGACGUGUCUCUUGGCAACAGGACUUAUUGUCCCAUUCGGUUCGGUUACGCCAGCACCGUGAUCAAAAUGGCAGGGGCGGAACUUCCCCACGCAAUUCUGUGGCUGGAUCGCCCGCACGUCCCCGGCGCGGCAUACACGGGAAUGUCCCGGGUGGCCUACGGGUCCAACCUGUUGCUCGGCGGAAAUUUAUCGCCAGAACAUUUCACCCCAG